UUUAAACUCAACUUUGAUGCUAACCACAAAACAAAACUGGCUCCGUUUGAGUCGGCAAUUCUGAAACUCGUGGAAAAAGUCAAAUCAUUUCGAAACUAUUAAACCUUUUUCUUUUAUUUUAUUUUAUUUGUUUUUUCUCUAGUCUUAGGACCCGAGAUCACGUUUGUUGCAUCUCAGACUGUUUUCAUUCAUUGCAAGAAAAACAGUGUUCGUUGAAUUCGUUGAAGGUGGUGGAGUUGAUUUCAUUUCAUUACAUAACCCGUUUAUCAAUUCAUCUCUUCGAUCUUUCAAUGGAUUCUGACUUCUGGACCUCGCGUCUUGCUGCCGCUAAACGCCAAUACACGCUUCAGCAUCACCAUCCAAAUUCUCACUUAGAUCGGUUGGGAAUCGAUGAUUUUGAUGUGGAAGAAGAGGUGCGACCCGAUUUCCCUUGCCCGUACUGUUAUGAAGACUUUGACAUCGCCUCCUUGUGUUCUCAUCUUGAAGAGGAACAUUCUUGUGAAUCAAGAGUCACGAUUUGUCCUAUAUGCUCCGUUAAAGUUGCCCGGGACAUGUUAAGUCACAUAACGCAGCAACAUGGGCACUUAUUUAAGAUACAGAGAAGGCGCAGGUUAAGAAGAGUUGCUAUUCCAAACAGUCAGACAUUGUCUCUUUUGGGUCGAGAUCUUCGUGAGGCUCAUCUACAGGUGCUUCUUGGUGGUAGUGGUGGUGGUGGAUACCGGUCAAACAAUGCAACUGUGUCUAAUGCUGCUACUGAUCCAUUCCUAUCCUCAUUUAUUUUGAAUUUCCCUGCUUGUGAAGCAGAAGAAAUUUCAAAAUCUGUGGUAACAAGUGCUGAGGAUCCUUCUGCCAAAAAUGCAACACCUCAACAUAUUUGGAAAUCAAGUUUUGAUCCCUCCUUGAGUACUGAAGAGCGGGAGAAAAGGAUGAGACAAGCUGCUGGAAGAUCCGGUUUUGUGCAGGACUUGUUUCUUUCGACUUUGUUAGGAGACUAAGGGAACCCCUAAGAUGCUUACAGAAGAAUAAUCAGCAUGAUAAGGAUCUUGAAUGACUAGUGGGAUUCAGUGGUUAUUUGACAAUCCAUGUUAGCCUAAUUGGUAUAUUAUUGUCACAGCGGCACCUUUGACAUAGUGCUGAAUCUGAUUAUAGCUAUCCAUUUAUCCCACCCUUGUAAGCAUCUUCACUAGAGAUGUGUUAUUCUGAAGAAAAAAAGUUUUUUUUCUUUUUUUUUUCAAGUUUAUGGAAAUACUUAUUUUGUUAUAUUGGCAUAUUAUGAUUCCCUUCAGUCAUGAGAAUAGAAGGACCCUUGUGCUUUCUCUCA